AUGGCAGAGGACAGUAGUAUUUUAGUGGACCAUCUUCAGUUCAGUUGUUCAAUCUGUUUGGAGUUAUUGAGGGAUCCAGUGACUAGCCCGUGUGGACACAGUUUCUGUAUGGUGUGUCUUAAUGAUUUUUGGAAUCAGCCUUCGCAGAAAGUUUACAGCUGUCCUCAGUGUCGAGAGACCUUCAUGCCCAGACCCGUUCUGCGCAGGAAUAAUGUCAUGGCUGAAGUGGUGGAGAAGCUUAAACUGAAGGAUUUAAAAGUUGCCUCACCUACAUACUAUAACUUAGGAUCUGUGGAUGUGGAGUGUGACAUCUGCUCCGAGAACAAAGACAAAGCCAUCAUAUCAUGCCUUGUGUGUCUGGCUUCUUUUUGUGAGACUCAUGUGAAACCUCACUAUGAGUCACCUGCUUUUAGAAGGCAUAAGCUAGUACCGGCCUGCCAGCAACUACAAGAUAAGAUCUGUUCUCGACAUAACAAACUGAUUGAUAUCUACUGCAGAACAGAUGAAGAAAUAAUUUGUACUCUGUGUAUGUUAGACUCACAUAAAGGUCACAAAACGGCAUCAGUUGAUGUGGAAAGAUCCGAAAAACAGAACCAGAUCAGAGACAUGCAAAGAAAAUCUCAGCAGAAAAUCCUGGAGAAGGAAAAGAAGCUACAGGAUCUUAAGCAAGCUAUAACAACCCUUAAGAUCUCCGCACAGGCAGCAGUGGAUGAAAAUGAGUGGAUAUUUAAUGAGAUCCUGGUCUCCAUUGAAGAAAAAUGUUGUAAGGUGACAGCGUUGAUUAGAGCUCAGGAGAAAUCUGAACUGAAUCAAGCUGAAGAACUGAUUGAACAGCUGGAGCUGGAGAUCGCGGACCUUAAGAAGAGAGACACUGAGCUGGAGCUGUUGUCUCAGACAGACGAUCACGUCCAUUUCCUCCAGAGGUUCCAGGCUGUCUGCUUUCCUGCUAAAUCUAAGAAGUCUUGCAAGAUGACUUUAAAUCUUGAUGUUUCGUUUGAUAGAGUGACAGAAUGUCUCUCAAGCCUUAAAGAGCAGCUGAAUGAAUUCUGCAAGGAGGAAUUUAAUAAAAUCCACCCAGACGUUGUCAAAGUCCAGAUGGUUUUACCCCGGGAACCAAAGACCAGAGAGGAAUUUCUGCAAUAUUUUUGUCAUCUGACUCUGGACCCAAACACUGCAAAUGAUACUUUGUGUCUUUCUGAGAACAACAGAAAAGUAACCCGCAAUGGGCACCUAAAAGUGUACCCCAGCCACCCAGAGCGGUUUGAUGCUUAUGGCCAAGUGCUGUGUAAAGAGAGUGUGUGUGGACGUUGUUACUGGGAGGUUGAAUGGAGCAGAGGUGGAUGGGUGUACAUCUCGGUGUCGUAUAAAAGGAUAAGCAGAAAAGGACGAGGUAAAGAAUGCUGGUUUGGACACAACAAUCAGUCCUGGAGUUUGGAGUGCAGUUCCACCCUGUCUUUCUGGCACAACGAUAUUCAGACAAAGAUCUCUGGUCCACCAUCCUCCAGGAUCGGGGUGUAUGUAGAUCACAUUGCAGGAACUCUGUCCUUCUACAGCGUCUCUGACACAAUGACUCUCUUGCACAGAGUUCAGGCCACAUUUACUCAACCCCUUUACCUUGGCUUUUGGGUAAAUGUACUUGCAUCUGCAAAGCUAUGUUACGUAAAAGAAUGA